AUGAGCUACGGUAAAAAGGCAUGGAACAAAUGGGUUAUAGAAGAUGAAGAGCUUAUUUUCUCAUUGAUGAAACAGGCAUAUGAUGCUGGUAUUAGAACUUUUGAUACUGCAGAUGUGUAUUCCAAUGGUUAUUCCGAGAUACUUAUUGGUAAAUUCAUCAAGAAGUACAAUAUUCCUCGUGAGACAUUAGUAAUUUUGACUAAAUGCUAUUCAAGAGCUGCUACUGACCCUUCAAUUGAGAGUACUGAGCUCAAUUGGAUUAAUCGAUGGGGAUUGAGUAGAAAACAUAUUCUUGACGCUGUAGCUGGCUCGGUCGAACGUCUUGGUACCUACAUCGAUGUGUACCAAAUCCAUAGAUAUGAUCCCGAAACACCCAAGGAAGAGAUUAUGGAAGCACUUCACGACGUUGUUAAAUCUGGUCAGGUUCGUUAUAUCGGAGCUUCCAGUAUGAGGGCCAUCGAGUUUGUCCAGUUGCAACAAGUCGCUGAAAAGAAUAACUGGACAAAGUUUAUCAGUAUGCAGAACUUCUACAACCUCAUUUACCGUGAAGAGGAGCGUGAAAUGAUUCCAUACUGCAAGGAAAAUGGUGUCGGUCUGAUUCCUUGGUCUCCUAUUGCUAGAGGUAUGCUCGCCCGUCCGCUUGGUGUCGACAGUGAACGUGCCAACACUGAUCUCCGGUUUGGACAUCUCCGUAUUGGCCAAUUUGAAUCCGACAAGGAGAUUAUUGGUAGAGUUGAAGAGCUUGCUAAAAAGAGGGGUAUCUCAAUGGCUCAAGUAUCUAUUGCUUGGACUCUUGCAAAGGGAACAUGUCCCAUUGUUGGUCUCAGCAAGCCUGAACGUAUUCAGGAAGCUGUAGAGGCUGUGAAGAUCAAGCUGACUGAUGAAGAGAUCAGUUAUCUCGAGGAGGCUUAUGCUCCUCAUUCUGUAACUUAUUAG